GCGGAGGUCACAGAAAGUACAUCUACAGCAAUAGGUCCAGCGGCACCCAACUCUCUCAUUCUACACACCCGCCACACAACUCACCACCGCAGCCCAUCCCACCGACCGAAGAGACACACCGCCCGCCACCAUGACGACCUCCACGUUCAAACACAUCGACCCAACGAGCUCGCCUUCGAAACCAUGGUCCAAAGUCGACGGACCUGGACAAAGCUUCAAGUACCUAGAUAUCCCACGAACCGUCCACAACUUGCGAGGCCGAGAGUCGGAGUUCAACACCAAUAACUGCGGCUUCGCGGUAUACAACUCGCCAGCGAAGGAGAAGGAGUUCGUGGACGAUAAAGCUGUACGUGAGGGAUACUAUCCGGAAGUCGAGGGCUUGUUGAAGAAGAACUUGGAGGGCGUGAGCAAGGUUGUGAUCUUUGAUCACACGAUUAGGAGGAGAACGAAGGAUAGUCCUCGGCAGCCGGUGCAGCAGGUCCACGUUGACCAAACGCCCGCCGCAGCCGCAGUGCGUGUUCGCCGCCAUCUCCCCUCCGAUGAAGCCGAGAAGCUCCUCAAAGGCCGCUAUCAGAUCAUAAAUGUCUGGCGCCCGAUAGGCAACCCAGCCUCCGACUUCCCACUCGCCGUGAUCGACUGGCGUAGCACCCGCCCUUCCGAUUUCAUUGACAUCGACCUCAUGUACCCGAUCCGACCAGACUCGGCCAUGGACGACGAUGACCGCGGCAAAGAGAAACUUCCCUCCGAGGAAUCACUAAACUCGACCGAGGGGUAUGAAGUGCGAGGCGAGACGAUGGGUGUGGCCGCCAGUGAGAAGCACCAGUUCUAUUAUAUGAAGGAUAUGGGCGUGGAUGAGGUGAUGCUAUUGAAGUGCUUUGACUCGUUUGGGGAGGGCAUGGAGGGCGGCAAGCCAGGGAUUGCGGUCAGGACACCGCACACGGCGUUCGUGGACCCGAACACGCCCAAGGAUGCGCCGGGACGGCAGAGUAUCGAGGUGAGGUGUUUGGUGUUUUAUGAUUGAUGUACUCGAUGAAACGGGCGAGUUU